AUGAAAAACCAUACCACAGUCACAGCCUUUAUUCUCCUUGGAUUAACAGAUGAUCCACAAUUACAAGUGGUCAUUUCUCUCCUUCUUUUUUUCACCUAUAUUUUGAGUGUUACUGGGAACCUAACCAUCAUCACCCUAACCCUACUAGAUUUUCAUCUCAGGACACCCAUGUAUUUCUUUCUCCGAAAUUUCUCAUUUUUAGAAAUUUCAUUCACAACUGUCUGUAUCCCCAAAUUUCUUGUUAGUAUGGCCACAGGUAAUAAGACUAUUUCUUAUAAUGACUGUGCUGCACAGCUGUUUUUCACUAUUCUCUUAGCAACUGAAUUUUUUUUUCUGGCUGCCAUGUCCUAUGACCGCUAUGUGGCCAUCUGCAAACCCCUGCACUACAUGACCAUCAUGAGCAACAAAGUAUGCAACAUGCUGGUCUUUGCUUCCUGGUUGGCUGGUUUCCUGAUAAUUUUCCCUCCACUUCUGAUGGGUCUCCAGCUUGAUUUCUGUGCAGCCAACACUGUAGAUCACUUCUUCUGUGAUGUUUCUCCUAUCCUUCAGCUCUCCUGCACAGACACAGACAUUAUAGAAUUAAUGAUGCUUCUUUCAGCCAUUCUGACACUCCUGGUUACAUUGGUAUUAGUGAUUCUCUCUUAUACAAACAUCAUCAGAACUAUUCUAAGAAUCCCUUCUCCGCAACAGAGGAAGAAAGCCUUUUCUACAUGUUCUUCACAUAUGGUUGUUGUGUCCAUUUCUUAUGGCAGCUGCAUUUUCAUGUAUGUGAAACCUUCUGCAAAGGAAAGAGUGUCUUUAAAUAAAGGAAUAGCUCUUCUCAGUACUUCUGUUGCACCCAUGUUGAAUCCCUUCAUUUAUACAUUGAGAAACAAACAAGUAAAAGAUGCGUUUAGGUACAUGGUCAGAAAGAUGGAAGUUUUCUCAAUGAAGUGA